UUGUUUCUGUUUUGGUCAACAAUGCUUCUGUCUUCAGCCACUUAGCCGAUAAAAAAAAAAAAAAAAAAAUGUUACAGAUUCAGAAAAAAUAUCAUAAGCCUAACUUUCUUAUGAUGAUAUUUCCGGUUUAUGCUUAAGAAAUUCUGCUUGAUACUGAAAUUUCGUAAUUAGCCCCAUUGGUAGCCUUUGCUGCUGCAACAGUUGCAGUCUCUUCUUCAGUGUUACGGAUUCUUAUUCUUCAGCCCUAAAAAUCAUCACUUUGGAAUCAGAAGCUUGAAUGAUGGAAGGAAGAAGAAUCAUAGCAAACCCUAGACCGUGUAGCGGUAGUAGAAGAGUUAUUGCUAAGAAGAGGUCUCGUCCCGAUGGAUUCGUCAAUAGCGUUAAAAAGCUUCAACGCCGAGAAAUCUCUUCUCGUAUGGAUCGAGCUUUCUCAAUCAGCACUGCUCAAGAGAGAUUCCGCAAUAUGCGUCUCGUGGAGCAAUAUGAUACGCAUGAUCCUAAAGGAUACUGUUUAGUAUCAUUACCUAACUUGUUGAAACGAAGCAAAGUUAUUGAGAUUGUUGCUGCUCGUGACAUUGUCUUUGCUCUUACUCUAUCUGGUGUCUGUGCAUCUUUUAGCAGAGAGACGAAUAAAAAGGUUUGCUUUUUAAAUGUUAGUCCUGAUGAAGUCAUUCGGAGUUUGUUCUACAACAAGAACAAUGAUUCUCUCAUUACUGUUUCUGUUUACGCCUCUGACAAUUACAGCUCUUUGAAAUGCAGAUCCACUAGAAUCGAAUAUAUUCUGAGGGGUCAAGCAGACGCAGGAUUUCCUCUUUUUGAGUCUGAGUCACUAAAGUGGCCAGGUUUUGUUGAGUUUGAUGAUGUUAAUGGGAAGGUGCUGACAUAUUCUGCACAGGAUAGUGUUUACAAGGUGUUUGAUCUGAAAAACUAUGCCUUGCUAUAUUCGAUAUCAGACAAAAAUGUACAAGAAAUUAAGAUCAGUCCAGGGAUAAUGCUGUUGAUUUUCAAGAGAGCUGCGAGUCAUGUUCCUUUGAAGAUUCUAUCAAUCGAAGAUGGCACUCUUCUGAAGUCCUUCCAUCAUUUGCUUCACCGAAAUAAGAAAGUUGAUUUCAUUGAACAAUUCAAUGAAAAGCUUCUAGUUAAGCAAGAGAACGAGAAUCUACAAAUACUUGACGUUCGAAAUGCUGAGCUGAUAGAAGUUAGCAGAACUGACUUCAUGACACCAUCAGCAUUCAUAUUUUUGUAUGAGAAUCAGUUGUUUCUAACAUUCAGGAACCGAAAUGUUUCUGUGUGGAAUUUCCGCGGAGAGCUUGUGACCUCGUUUGAGGAUCAUCUUCUUUGGCAUCCAGACUGUAACACAAACAAUAUCUACAUAACAAGCGAUCAAGAUCUGAUCAUCUCAUAUUGCAAGGCAGAUACUGAAGAUCAGUGGAUAGAAGGAAAUGCGGGGUCGAUUAACAUAAGCAAUAUCUUGACUGGUAAAUGCUUAGCUAAGAUAAAAGCAAAUAAUGGUCCUCCUAAGGAAGAGGACUGCAGCAGUAGUGAUUUGGGGAAUUCCUCUCGAAGGAGAAGUGCGGUUGCUGAGGCUUUGGAAGACAUAACCGCUCUCUUCUACGACGAAGAACGGAAUGAAAUAUACACAGGAAACAGACACGGCCUCCUCCAUGUCUGGUCUAAUUGAAGCUACUCAUCAUUUGUUUUGUUUUUUUUACAUUAAUACAAGAGAUCUCUGUAUCUUGUUCUGUUUCUCAAUUGUGUAAUAUCAUGAGAUAUGUAAUUUACUUGUGUGUUUGAGUAGCAAUUGUCGUUGUAAUGAAACAGCAAAUAUUUCAAAUUCGUCUCUCAUUUAUGUACACUAAUGAUUUGUCUGCUUAAUAGGGUUAACCAUUUUUGCUUUGAUAGACUUGUUUACAUGAACAAAUAAAAUUGGCCACUUAAAGAAGAUUCUCUCACUCUCGCUGAACAAACAAGGUUUUCAGAUUGUUUAGUUUAAGUACAAAUCUUUCUAAAGCACACAGCAUAAGACACCAAGACAAUAAACUUGAGCCAUCAGCUUCAGAACUCCAAAGAGAAGCCUGAUCAGUAAUUUGGCAGAGGUCAGAACUGAGAUUUGUCAAGGCUGUCAAAGUAGGGAUGAUCGAGAGCUGCUUUUGCUGAA